AUGUUAAUCGAAAUAAAAUCCAAGGAGGCAACCAGCAAAAAAGAGCCAGCAAUCAAGGUGACUGCUAUGCCUGGAAAGCAUGUCCCACCUGGCCCAUUGUCCACUGCCAAUGAUAUUUUAAAGGCGCUCCACGAAGGAUCGAUAUAUAAUGUAGCUAACGCAGUCUGUGAUAGAAUCUACAUCUCUGGAGACACCUUGAUGUGUGAUGAGCUAAAGGAGAUCCCGAAAAUCUAUGCUGACCAAAAGAUAGACUUGAUGCUCAUCCACCUUGGAGGCACCACCAUCCCGUCUCCUAAUAUACCCUUAUUGAUGGUAACAAUGGAUGCAAAGCAAGGAAUAGAGCUACUGAAACUGAUAUUUGUUGACUAUUUUAUUAGUGAUUAUGAUGUCUUUCUAUCACCGCUAUCAGACUUCAAGAAAGCGGUGGAGGAGGCCGGCUUAAGUAGCAAAGUGGUAUACCUAGACCGCAAGGAUCAGUAUAAAUUCAAAACCACAUGGACUGACGGUAGUUAA